AUGAGGAUUAGAAGAGUAUAUGAAGAACUUCUGAAACAAGAGAAACGAAAAGUACUCCAGUUAAAGUGCUUAUCUGGAGCGGCAGCGUUUAUUUUCGUAGCUGGAUUUUUUGUGGUAUUUCUGGGUUUGGAUGUCGUUCGAAAAAUAGCAAAAGGCUUCAGUUAUAAGGGCGCAAAUUGUGUAGUGGAAGGUUCUGUUAUUACAGACAAAAGUGAGAGCUGUACUUGUGGAAUGCACCCCUGCAUUAGCCAGUAUCCAUGCUUGCAAGUAAUGGUCAGAGUUAUCGAUAAUAGGGCGGAGAAAAGCGAAUCAUCCAAGCUUGUUCUAUUAUACAACAACAUCUACGAUCUAGGAUCUAACGUAAGUACCCUAUGAUGCCAUUAUUUACUCACACUUGUGCGAUUUCAAACACGUUUAAGAAACUGCUAGUGUUAACAACCACAUCCUAUGGAAAAUACAAAGCUUAAAACAUGUUAAAAUCAUCACUUAUUUUUCAGGAUGAUGCCAACAUGAUAAGAAAUGUUUUGUGCUAAGAUGGCAACUCAAGCAUUCGGUCAACAAAUCAUCGUGUUUUAAUUAAACAAUGCAAAGUUAAUCGGAAAAUGCAAAUUUUUAUGAAAAAAGAAUGACCAAAAACAGUUAAGGAUACCAUUCUCUUAUAGGGAGAAGGAAAGUUUAAAAUUUAUUUAUUGUCACGCAAAACUUGCAGAUUAGUAAAUUGAAGCGAGAAAAAAAAGGACAUCAGUUUUUUGAAGGUCUUCUUAGAUAAAUAAACACUGUCCAUCUGUUCGCGUCACACUUCAAUGUGCAUAUUAUUAUUGCGCUUGUUUGCACAAAGAGCUACAAAGGUUAGUUAUUACUCUGCGUUUUUUUUUUGCGUUGUAAUUACUUACACUGGCACUGUAGUGAUCGAGCUACUGAGAUAUUUAGUUUCUCCUAGUUCGCUGAAUAGCGUGAUGAUGAUGAAAUAGGCAUCUACUUUAUUUAUAAUCAUUUUGGCUACCUAGAAUGAUUUUAAUGAAGUUUAUUUAUACAUCUUUUUCUUUAGUAUGGUAGUAUCAUUGAUAGCAAGCCAUAAAACUAGCAUAACAUGCUAAUCAUAUAUACAUUCGUUAUAACGAAAAAGGUUGCCGCUGAAGGUCGAUAUAAUGCCACGUCAGCAUCUUACACGGUAUAAUUUUUCUCCCAGUCAACGUUUGCCCACGAACCCGUGAAGUCAGGUUUCAAAAUUUCUGUUCGAAAACCUGACAGGUACUCGGCAACUUCGCUCACAGAGAAUGGAUAGCGUGCUCAUCGAACAGAAUGCACCCUACUGUAUCCUGGCCCAAUUUUUAAUAAAGCCGGACUACAUGGGGUUUUAAUCAUAACCGGGCUAUUUAUAAACACAAGGAAAUUAACAGGUCAAAGUCAACGGCUCAACGCCACCUGUCAAAUUAACAAGAUCAUUUGAACUGAGACACUCAACCGUGCAAAGCAGGUGUCUUUUGUCUGUUGUACGAGAACCAAAUUUAACUCAGGCUAUAUUCACACUAUACCGGAUAGUUUCUGUUCAGUUAUAAGACUAACGGUGAUUUAGGCGCGAUUUCUGUAACGAGCCGAAACUGCGCCUCGCCAAUCUCGAAAGUGGAGCGGUUCUAUGCCAUACUUUAGUGCAGUGGCUUGGAACCCUUAUGCCUAGGAGCGAGGACUGAAACCCACAGAGACAAAAGCGUGAUUCGGUAAUCGGUAAAUAUUCUUUAGUGCAUUAAGCCCUCUCGGCCAACCGCUCUGGUCCCUGCAAGAUGCGUGUGAACGCCUUGUUCCAUUUCUGUGCCGUUAGGCUAUUCUCUUUUAUUUUUUACUGUCACGCCAUCAAAAUAAAAAAGCAAACCAUUCAAUACAGAAAGCCCAGAAUCUUGGAAAUGAAAAUCCUCGCCAAGAAUCAGGUCUGUGCGAUAUUUCAUAUGCGAGAUAUUCGGAAUAUAUAUACACUUUGGAGACGCCAUGUUGGUGUCCAUUUGAGGGGUACAAAUGGCCGCUGAAAGCCAACCGAAACAUCUGUCUUGACUUUUCCUACAAAUGUGUGUAUUCAUCGCUUGAGGAACUCAUAAAUAUUAGAGUCAUAUUUAUUCUAAGACAAGGAAUGUUUCGAUAGCAAAAUCUCAAAAAUCAGUAACGUUUUUAACCCACAUAGCUUUUCCGACCGCCAGCUAAAUGCCGCGUCAGGCAAAAUCCUGGAAAUUCAAGCAUCCUCUUUCGCAAAACGAAGAAUCCUUUCGCAAACCGAAAAUUUGUAUAAAUAAAGGUGUUUAGGUGCUGUACUUCCUCAUGAAAGUAGAAACUCAGAAGAAUCGAUAAUUCCUUCGUUUGAAUUUUUGGUGAGGUCAUGUGAAAACAGAGAAAACCGGACAGAUUCUCAGUUAUUCUCCGGUUUAGUGUGAAUCAUGAGCAUAGGAUCCUGUGUGAACAUACAGAAUGACAUUUAGUAUGGUUUGGUAGUUGUGCUUUUGUUUGAUGAGAUCUUUUGGUGAUGCGUACAAGCAAUGUAAAAUGAAGCAAUCUCCGCCAGGAUAGAAAAAAACCGACUUAAUAAAGUUCAGAUCAAGAACAUAUUGGUCUCGUUCAAAGUUUUGCUCCUUAUUAUGCAUCUCGUUUUUGAUGUGGGUUUUGAAUUUAUUUGCAUAAGAUGACCCUUACUCUGCUAACUUUUGUUACCCCAAAACCAAGAUUUCAAAAUUGUAAUUGCGACAAUAAAGGAUUAUUGAUUAUUAUAUUGAUUAUUUCUAAAUUGGUUUCAUUUCCUGUACUGACUUCCAGUGUACUUACGGACCGCCUUGCAAGACUGACGAAAAGCAAAACAUUGCGUCCGUGCAGGAGUAUGAACGUAAGAGGGGACGGAAUGGUUCAGUUCUGGAAUGUUACUUUAAUCCAAGCAAACCCGACGAGGUUCUUGUUGAUAUAAACGUUCACGAGACGGUAGCUUUUCAUGUGUUCUUCUGGCCUUGCUUUGGCUUUGUUAUUGGUGUAUGUAUGAUGAUAAGGGCAUGGCAUUUGAAGAAAACCCAGAAAAAGCAAGUUAACUUCUCAAAUGAAGUUCCCUCUUCAGUGGAAUGGGGAUUUAAUAAUGGUUCAAAUGGUAUAUAUAACUGUCGAAAGAUAAAAGGAGGUAGCGCAUUAGCUACAACUAUAACUUUAUAA